CGGAGACGGAGACGGACGAGGAGCCCAAGAUGGCGACCGACACAGAGGAGGGAAGACCGGGCCGGAGAGCCGCGGGGGCCAGCAGCAGGUGACGUCAGUUUACCUGUCAGCGGGGAUGAGGAGGAGGAGGAGGAAGAAUCCGCACAGCCGCAGCAGACCCUUCAUCAUGGCGGAAGUUCGUCUGUUAGCCGCUGAGCUCAGCAGCGGCUUCACACCUGAGCCGUGGCCACGCCCCCCGCACCUGAGCAGUUCAGGUCUGAGGAGUUUUAACCCUUUAGCUUCUGGCCUGCUGGACCUCCAACCCGUCCAGAACCCAGCAGGUUCUGGUUCUGGAUGAUUUUCACACUUACCUGAUUUUUUUCUAGUUUUGAGCAGAACUUUGAACUUUAAAUGUACAAUAGAAUCAACUUUGACUUUUGCAUUUAUUUAUUGGUUGUUUUUUAUGUUUAUCUGUAAGUUUGUUAUCUUGUUUGUACUUUUUGUAUUUAUUUAUUCUUCUAUUCAUUUAGUUACUUUUAUCCUGUUGCUAAACUGACUCAACUUUGUGGCUGAAGCUCCAGCAGAACCAGAACCAGAACAGCCUGACUGGGUCUGAUGGUUUGGUAACCUUUCGCCAUACUUCAUCAUUUACAGUAGAUUUAUUAUCAGCAGUGAUCACAGUAACAGUUGGCAACCCAACAUGUUCAAAGAGCCAUUUUGGACCAAAAAAAACCCAAAUCUGUCUGGACGUGACUCUGUUGUACGAUGGAGCUUUAAGUUUACCUUCAGUUACAAUAUUAAUGUUUUAUGUUUCGUUACAUAAAAUUAAAGAAAUAAAGAAAUCAGAUUUUGAUGUCAUUUUUAUUAUGAAGAUCGACAGGAAAGGGUCAUUUUUCCCCUUUUGGAACCUUGAAGAUCUGCUGCCAAAUGCAGUUUGUAUAACGACGAUCUCUUUAUGAAUAAUCACGUUAAAUAUGUGAUGAACAAACAACAAAACGGAAUCAACGUGCCUCUUAUCUGGGCAACAGCCGGAAUGAAAUAAAACGCAACCUGCAGUUAUAAAAUUAAGCAGCAGCCUUUUGAAAAGGAAAAGUAUAUAAAAAAUCACUAAUCAGUUUAUAAAAACAACAACUUUGUCACUAAAUAUAUGUGCCGAUGGCAGGAUUGUGUUCUUGAUGUGAUUUCUGGACAGUUUCUCAACUUCGGGCUUGUAAGAUGUAACUUUCAUCUUGAUGCAGCAGCUGAUGUAACAAACAUUCCCUAAAUGUCUUUCCACAUUACCGGAGUUUUUGGACUUUAAGCCGCUACUUCGUAGUCCGGAAAGUACGGUACUCUUUUUACUCUUUUUGAUAUUUGACAACUUCUCGCUGCAGAGCAAACAUUCAGGUAAUCCUUCCGCUUUGGCAAUGAAUGCAAAUGAUUUGGUCCAAUACGUGGAGAAUCUCUCCUCGGCUACGUUUCUCUUUUCCUCUUUGCUCUCCAUGGCCCACCACACACUACACCCCCCUGCCUCGCGCCCCGCCCAGCUGGCAACGUCACAGGCUAUGACGCAAAUCUUCGUUGACAGAAAUGUUGAAAUUUAAUAUUUAUUCUACUCAUUUUUAUAGCAUUGGGAAAAUAAUGACUGUGUCAUGUUUGUCCUCCUACAGAAACCAUAUUAAACCAAAAAAUAUAUUUCCCACCCCCAUCUUUUUCCAUUUCCAAACAGUUUAGAAAAAGCUCCAGGGAGCCACUAGGGCGGCGCUAAAGAGCCGACCCCUGUCCCAGGCCGACCUGUGAUUUCUCUACUUGUGUGGAGUAGUUCCGCUCUGGCCCAGCAGGGGGCAGACAUGGCCAUGGAGAGGCUGCAGCGCUCGCUGGUUCCAGCAGAGGGAGCUACCGGUGGUAGUGGCUGGUGUUCGAGCUCCUCCUCUUCCUCAGUGGACAGCAACGGCAGCAGGAGGAAGAUGACUUCGUUACGGCCGUUUACCUGCGACGAUCUGUUUAAAUUCAACAACAUAAACCUGGAUCCUCUCACAGAAACUUAUGGGAUCCCGUUCUACCUGCAGUACCUGGCCCACUGGCCCGAGUAUUUCAUCGUGGCUGAAGCUCCGGGCGGAGAGCUGAUGGGCUACAUCAUGGGGAAGGCGGAGGGAUCGGUGGCGCGGGAGGAGUGGCACGGCCACGUCACGGCGCUGUCGGUGGCCCCGGAGUUCAGACGCCUCGGCCUGGCCGCCAAGCUCAUGGAGAUGCUGGAGGAGAUCUCAGAGAGGAAGGGCGGGUUCUUCGUGGAUCUGUUUGUGAGAGUCUCCAACCAGGUGGCCGUCAACAUGUACAAGCGUCUGGGCUACAGCGUCUACCGCACCGUCAUUGAGUAUUACUCUGCCAGCAACGGGGAGCCGGACGAGGACGCAUACGACAUGAGGAAAGCUCUGUCCAGAGACACGGAGAAGAAGUCCAUCAUCCCGCUACCGCACCCCGUCCGGCCGGAGGACAUCGAAUAACGUGGGGCCGCGGCUCCCUGACCCGCCGACACCCCCUGACCUCAGAGAGCCGCUGGAUGUACAAAAUGUUUCAACAUUUAAUUUGCUGUAAAUUCUAAUGAACGUUUGUUUCAGAAA